ACACUCCCGGCCUCCGGCUCCAGACCUUGGGGUGGAAUCCAGUCCCGGGUUUUCUACUCUCCACCUCGGCCCCCAGUUUCCUGGCUCCGUUCCCAACCGGCUCUGCUCCAGGUUUCCCAUUCGGUUUGUCCCUGGCUCUCUUCCCGGGUUUGCUCCACUUCCGGACUUUCCAUCCUGCCUCCCCUCCCUCCUUCCUUGGGGGGGGGUGUCCCCCAUCACUCCAGGCUGAAGUGAGGGAGUCGAAGCCACUGCAAGACUGGCAAAAGCCACUCCUGGCACUCACUUGCCCGGGGGUGGGGGGGCUCCUGCUCCUGCUGGCCAACCCCAUGGUGGGGCUUUUCCAAACACCCAGCUCCUCUAGAGAGUAAGAGGGAGGGGGCCGGAUGCUGGCCCGCUCUCUGCGCCACCUGCUCGACGGGAGAGGCGACCCAGGGGUGACCCUCAGUGCUUUCCGCAGCCGGACCCCCGAUGGGGAGUGUGGACCCCUUGCUCCUGAACAGGCCCCUGUCACGCUCUGGGAAGAGACCGGCGAGGGUGUCAUCUACACUGUGAGUUCCCGUUCCCCAGGGGGCACCAGAGGCAGCGGGGGCUCCAGGGGCCAGGCGGAGCAGGAGGCCGUUUCAGGUCACCCCUCGGCCUCCUCCUCCUCCUCGGUGUCCGGUUCCCCAACUGCGGCCGGGCAGACGAGGUCCCUGAAGGCUGGCACCCUCCCUCGGCUGGUCGGGCACCUGCUGGAAGCCCCCGCCCUCGGCGACACCUGCUACGUCCCGGCCUUCUUGGCGACCUUCCGGACCUUUGCCACCGUCCGUGAGGUGGUGCAGCUCCUGCUGGAAAGGCUACAGGAAGUGGCCGGGCCAGGCUCAGACGUCAGCCCCAAAACAGCCGAAUUGCAGCGGGCCCUGAGCGCCUUGCUUUGCUCCUGGCUGGAUGGCUACCCGGAGGACUUUAUAGGGCUGGAAGCUGGCCUGCGGGAGCAGCUGAUCUCCCGGCUGCGUUGGGUCCUGGGGGCCGGGUCGGAGUGCGAGAAGACCCUCACGGCCCCGGCAAGAAAAGGAGCCCCUGGGAGGGCUCAGGAGGACCCGGUGGAAGGCGAGGGUGUCGGGGACGAUGCCCCGGAGAGAGACCCCGACCCCCACUACAUCCUGGGGCUGCAGGCAGAGGACGUGGCGGCUCACCUGACUGCGAAAGACGCCGAGCUCUUCCUGCGCCUCGUCCCCCAGGAGUGCGUGGGCUCCCUGUGGUCCAAGCGGGACAGGAAGGGCCACGAGAGGGCCUGCCCGACCGUUCGGGCCACGGUGGCCCAGUUCAACCUGGUGGCCAAGGCCGUGGUCUCCUCCUGCCUCGGGGACACCGGGCUACGGGCCGCCCAGCGGGCUCGGCUCCUGGAGAAGUGGAUCCGGGUGGCUGAGGCAUGCUUCUGCCUCCGAAAUUUCUCUUCGCUCUACGCCGUCAUCUCCGCCCUACAGUCCACGCCCUUGCACCGGCUCAAGAGGACCUGGGAGGAGACCUCCAGGGAUUCCCUUCGCUGCUACGAGGAGCUCAGCGCCGUCUGCUCCGAAGAGGAUAACUACAGCCAAAGCCGGCGGCUACUGUUCCAGGAAGGCUAUUCCCGAGGAGGAUCUGGCACGGACCCCAUCCAGCGCCGGCAUCAGCGGAAGUCCACGGAGCACCGGCCCAUGGUUUGGAAAGAGAGUCUUCUGAGUCUUCUCGGAAUGGCGGGUCUUAUUGCCUCUCAUUCUCUCUCUCUCUCUCUCUCUCUCUCUGUGCAGAACGGCUACAUUAAUUUUGAGAAGCACCGCAAGGAGUUUGAGAUCCUGACCCAGCUGCGCCUCCUGCAGGCCAACUGUCGUAACUACGCGCUGAGCCCAGAUCCGGCUCUCCAGCGGUGGCUUCAGCGCCUCCCCAGCCUCACCGAGACCCAAAGCUACCAGCGCUCGUGUGCGAUCGAGCCUCCGGCCGAAGGAGGGGGGACCCCGGCGGGCAGACCCACCAAGCCCAUGCUGGUGAUCACCCACUGCACUGACCUGCUGACCUCCAUCGGGGUGAGCACCCCGGUUCCCUGGGACAGACCCUGCUCCCCAAACCCACCCCCGGACCUGCUCUUGCCUCCGUCGGCCUCCGGAGCGACCCGGGGACAACCUUGUCCUCAACAGCCCACGAAAUGGCCUUCGGUCUCAUCGCUGGACACGGCCGCCGCCGCCUCCUCGGAGAAAGCCGCUCCCGCUUCCCCUGGGCCGCUCGCGCCUCCCCCGGCCAAGGCGGGAGGCUUCAUCAAAGGGCACCGGCGCUCCGCUUCCUGUGGGGCUGCCUACCCCGCGGCCCCGGCCCCGGGCAGCGCCUCGGCCUCGGACUGCCGCAUCAUCCGGGUCAGCAUGGCCCUCCAGGACGGCACCCUCUACAAGAGCAUCCUGGUGAGUGAGCCGGACGGGGACAAGGUCACGCGAGGGCAGGGGUCGCGGGGGGAGGCCAACAGCAUGGACCCGACAUCAUCAUCAUCAUCAUCCGGAAUCCCGAACUUAAAAACAAAGGGAACUCUGGAUUGCUAG